UUCGAAGAUUUGCGCCCGACAAAGGAGGUCAGCAGAUAGACGCCAUUUAAGCUUAAAGUUUCCCGACGCUCGAAAUUUUACUACUGUCGCCACUUGAGCUAAGUGUCCCAAACGCUGGAGGCCUCACAGGUCGUCACAUAGUAUUCGAGCUAUCGGAGUGGCAUAACUUCCCAGGGCAGACAUCGGUACCAUCUGCACCCCGCCGCGAAUGUUAGUGUCGAGGACGGCCAAGGAAAUUGUUCAACAGGCAUCCAAGCACCAGCUGUCCCGGGAUCUUCGCGUUCUGCUUACACCGUGCCUAUGGUCAGGUGGCUCGGCUCAGUUCCAUGGGCGUCCAACCAGCGGCACCGCUUUUCCGGGUGAAGGCAAGCGUGUAAAGCAUUUCGAAGUUCGAGCUGCCCCACUCAGAAUAGAGCUCGCAAAUCCUGAAGGGGAUUACGUGCAAGCAUUCACCGAUGCCGUGUCCCAUGGAGAUCGAAGGCUGGCGUUGCGGGCAUUCUGGAGAACUCGCGGAUCUAAUCGUGUGCAAGAUCUGGAUGUAAAGUUGCUGAAGGAUUUUGUCAGACAAUUGUUGGGGAAGAAGACGUGGACUACGCGGACAAAGGACGCUGUUGCGGAGGUUCUUGAUCUGAUUAGACGGCGAGACGAGGGGUACAUCAAGGAAAGCAAUUACUCGCUCGCGUAUCUUCGACUCAAUCAGGGCAGAGUCACCACGAAGGAGGCUAAGGAGUUGGUGGACGUGGUUGAAUUGCAUCAGCCUGCGUCAGUCAACGUACUCCUGCGAUCGUUGAAGGAUCCUCAAGUCGCCGUGAAUGCCCUGAAUCGAUUGAGGGAGAGUGUGAGUCUUGACGGUCUGGAAUCGGCGUUUGAGGGACUGCUGAGAGGAUUGGUGGAUUCGGGAUCACACUCGGAGGCAGAAACUCUGGUGAAGUCGAUGGUGGGUGAUAUGAGCAAGGAGGGCAUGCCUUUCUGGCUGAACCGGCUUCGCAUAGACGUUGCGGGGAAGAUCGGACGGCCUGAGCUGCUCUAUCAAGAGUAUUCAGACAUCCUUGCCAAGGAGCCUGAACACGGGAAAGCACUCAUGUCACAUUUUAUCAUGAGUCUGGCUUGCUGUGGGCGUGUUCAAGAAGCGGAAAAGAUCUGCGCAGAGUACCCGGCCUUUUGGAGCGAACCAGGGAUUCAGGGAACGCUGAUCCAACAAUAUCUGGCCAACGGCUCGGUGGGUGACGCGAAACGCAUAUACAGGAAGGCCGCAGAACUGGACAUUGUUUUCAGUACGGAAACUUACGCAGCGCUGGCCAGAGCUUUUUCUUCGGCGUCCCAUUUACCAGAUUUCUACGCCCUGCGCCGCGAUAUAAACAGCCGAGGUGUUUCAUACGAUCAGAAACUGUACACUGAACUCGUGCGCGGGUACAUGAAGCACCAAAACGUCAAUGAGGCCCGCGCAAUCUACAACACUGCGCUGGCCGACCACGUCGUGUCGAAAUCACAGAGCUCGGCGCUACGCGCCACCUUCAUCCACGGACUCCUGCAAAACAAUCGGGUAGACGAAGCCGAAGAAUUGCUAGCGAGCUCGUUGCGCAAAACCAAAAACCCGGGGCCCGUACCCUGGCCCCGAGCGAACGAUCCGGUGAUGAUUGUGCUUCAGAUGAAGGUGAUGAUGGCGAAGAAGCAGUUUGAGGCGGCGAGACGGCUGGGGCAGCAUGCGCUGGAUAACGCGGCGGAGGGAGCGGCGGAUCCAGUUGUGCUUGCGAUGCUGAUCAAUAGUUUAACGCAUCUGGGCGAUGUGAAUUCGGCGCUGAAGGUUCUGCGAAAGCUGAAAUCGGAUCCGAAAUCGAGAAUCCAUCCCAAAGAUUGGAAACGAGCGGAGAAUGACUGCAACGCAGCACCGACCACACUUUCAUCCCGAGAAUCGCCCCUCCUCGUAGCAUACUCCGCAAUGAUCAAACAGCUCACCCGCCUCUCAAUGCAAAAAGAAGUUUUAGACCUGCUAGACGAAGCCAUCACCUCCGGGUUGAAACCCAACCUCCUCACGGUAUACCCGAUCCUCGUCAUGCUCGCUCGCGCCAACGAAGCCGAAUCCCUUCUGGAGUUCUUCAAACGCACCGUUACCCAAUUCGGUAUCACCCCGGACCAUGACUGUCUUGUCACACUGUACGCGUUUUACGCACGCAUGUAUCGUCCAAACUAUCACGGCAACCUCAACCGGAACCAGUACCUGCAGCCGCUGCGGUACCUCAUGCAUGACGUGGAAGCCGUACUGCAGGUCGAACCCUCAAUGAAAGCAGGGAUAUACGACGCGGCGAUCAGCUACCAUAUCAAGUUCAAGGAGCCGUGGGCAGCGGAACAUUUUUUCUUGAAUAUGCAUGAGAUUGGCGUUGUACCGACUGCGAGGACGCUGGAUCGGUUGUUGGCGAUGUAUGAGACGACGAAGGAAGUGGAGAAGGCUGCGGCGGUACGGAUGGAGAUGGAGGCGUUGGAAGGUGUUACGAAGACGCCAUUGCAUACACCUGGGGAGGGAGAGGGUAAAGGAGUGGGUGAAGUGGGUACGGCAACGCUUGUGUCGGCGGGGCAAUGGUCGCCAAGUGAGGUGUCGCGAGUUCCAGCGUGGUUUCCUCAGCCUAGGCCCCUUCUGGCCGUCCGGAAAAAGCCGAAACUCCGGCAGUGGAAGAUACAAAAGAGGGAAGCUAUUCGCGAGGACAGUGAUAUUCAGCGUCUUGGGCCAGCAAAACCCAAGGAAUAGAAUUAUGAACACGGCGAUAGUUCUCUUUCUGUAGAUAGCAUCUCUACAUACAUAGGUUAGUCAGACAUACCCCCGCGCACAUAACCACCUAUCUACACCCCCAUGCUGCUAUAACUCUACACAUCUCAACGCCGUACAUUCUUCCGCUUUUCAAAAUCUGGAAACGUGACUGCGUCUAUCGGGUUUUCCUCUUUGAUGUCCACGCGCUCGACUGUGGACUGCGGUGAGCCUUUCUGCUCGGGUGAGGGGUUUAUAUGCGUAUCCGGCUGUACCAGAAUGAAAAGCAGGUCACCGUACCUUUAGAUCCUGCUUGCUGCC